AAGCUGAAGCACAGACACCACUUCCCCAAUCUACAGGAGCCAUUUUAACAGCAUAAAACUUGCUGGGUUACUUUUUAUUUUCAAGCCCAAGGGACGACAUCUAAAGAGAAAGAAAGUUUGAAGGCCAAGAAAGUUGACAGAAGAAUAAUUUCAGAAGUACUGCCUCGGUUUGCUUAGAAUCAAUGAAUCAAGAAACUUUGAACUAUCUUCUCUAAAGAAACGUGGGUAGCCUGUAAUUUUACAGACUUGCCUGAGGGAUUUUUUCUCCCGAACUUGUUUCUGGACUCUACUGGCUACAUUCUUGAAUCUGUUUGGAUUGUUCCAUGUGGAUCUAAAGGGAAUGUUUUAUUAUGGCUGCUGUUGUCCAACAGAACGACCUUGUAUUUGAAUUCACUAGUAACGUCAUGGAGGAUGAACAUCAGCUUGGUGAUCCAGCUAUUUUUCCUGCUGUAAUUGUGGAACAUGUUCCUGGCGCUGAUAUUCUCAAUAGUUAUGCUGGUCUAGCCUGUGUGGAAGAGCCUAGUGACAUGAUUACUGAGAGCUCACUGGAUGUUGCUGAAGAAGAAAUCAUAGAUGAUGAUGAUGAUGACAUCACCCUUACAGUUGAAGCGUCCUGUCAUAAUGAGGAUGAAACUAUUGAAACGAUUGAGGCUGCUGAGGCACUCCUCAAUAUGGAUUCUCCUGGCCCUGUGUUGGAUGAAAAACGAAAUAAUAACAUAUUUAGUCAUUCUGAAGAUGACAUUGUUGCUCCAAUCACCCAUGUAUCCGUCACAUUAGAUGGGAUUCCUGAAGUGAUGGAAACUCAACAGGUGCAAGAGACAUAUGCAGAUUCACCAGGAGCCUCAUCCCCAGAACAGCCUAAAAGAAAGAAAGGGAGAAAAACUAAACCACCACGACCAGAUUCGCCGGCUACUACUCCAAAUAUAUCUGUGAAAAAGAAAAACAAAGAUGGGAAGGGAAACACAAUUUAUCUUUGGGAGUUUUUAUUGGCCCUUCUCCAGGAUAAAGCUACCUGUCCUAAAUAUAUCAAAUGGACCCAGCGAGAAAAAGGCAUUUUUAAAUUGGUAGAUUCUAAAGCAGUAUCCAGGUUGUGGGGGAAACACAAAAACAAACCUGAUAUGAAUUAUGAAACCAUGGGAAGAGCACUCAGGUACUAUUAUCAGAGGGGUAUUUUGGCCAAAGUGGAAGGUCAGCGCUUGGUGUAUCAGUUUAAGGAAAUGCCAAAAGACCUUAUAUAUAUAGAUGAGGAGGACGCAAGUUCCAGCAUAGAGUCUUCGGAUCCAUCCUUAUCUUCAACAGCCACAAGUAGGAAUCAAGCAAGCCGUUCAAGAGUAUCUUCAAGUCCAGGCGUAAAAGGAGGAGCCACUUCAGUUCUAAAACCAGGGCAUUCUAAAGUGGCAAAACCCAAAGAUCCUGUGGAAAUUGCACAGCCAUCAGAAGUUGUGAGGACAGUGCAGCCCUCACAGUCUCCAUAUCCUACCCAGUUAUUCCGGACUGUUCAUGUUGUACAGCCAGUACAGGCUGUCUCAGAAGGAGAAGCAACCAUAACCAGCACCAUGCAGGAAGAAACUAUUCCGAGUAUUAGGACUAUUCAGGCUUCAACCCAAGUUCCAGUGGUCGUGUCUCCUGGUAAUCAGCAAUUACAUACAGUAACACUCCAGACAGUGCCACUCACAACGGUUAUAGCCAGCACAGAUCCAUCAGCAGGUGCUGGAGCUCAGAAAUUUAUUUUACAAGCCAUUCCAUCAUCACAACCUAUGACAGUACUGAAAGAAAAUGUCAUGCUACAGUCACAGAAGCCAAGUUCUCCUCCUUCAAUUGUCCUUAGCCCUGCUCAUGUACAGCAGGUUCUUACAAGCAAUGUUCAAUCCAUUUGCAAUGGAACCGUCAGUGUGGCUUCAUCUCCAUCCUUCAGUGCUACUUCUCCUGUGGUGACCUUUUCUCGAAGUUCACAAGUGGUUGCUCACCCACCUGGCACUGUAAUAACUUCUGUCAUCAAAGCUCAAGAAAUAAAAACUCAUAUGAAAGAAGUGAAAAAGGAGGUUGAAGAUGAUUUGGAAGAACACACAGAGAAAACUGAGCAGCCACCACAGCCCUAUGUGAUGGUGGUAUCCAGUUCAAAUGGAUUUACCUCUCAGGUAGCUAUGAAGCAAAACGAACUCUUGGAACCCAACUCCUUUUAAUAUACCAAAAAAAUUAUGGAUAAUUUUUUAAAAAUUGAACUCAUUUUCAGUUGUCUGCAAACUAUCUGAUUAAACCUAAGAUAAAUCCAGAGAGAUUCCUAAUUUUAUAACUGCUAAAUUUCUAGUUAAUUUUGACUUUGUUAGAUGAGGGAGGAAAACCUAAGUGUUUCUUUACUCUCCAAAUGUUUCUGAAUUCAGUUUUGAAGGAACAGGCAUUUUAUACUACGAAGACAUUCUUCUUGAGAUUUUUCUUCAGUUGUUAUAUCAUAAGCAUUUUUAGAUUUUCUUUUCUAAUUUUACAUUGUAUUGGCUUUUCUGGUUCUUUUGUAAAUACAAUACUUAAAUAUAAAUCAACAGGAAAUUUAUGUAGGAACUAUUUUCAUUCCACUUAUAUACAUUUUAGUCUUGGCUGUUUCAAGUGCAAGAAACUUACUUUAUACUUUGUCAAAAUUAUGAUGUCAUUUAGAUUGACUUUAGUUGGCCACACUGUAUGAUUAUAUAAAAUAACAUUAAAAAUUGGAAUGUAUCCUUGAUACAUAUAUCAAACUA